CACACGACCAUGUUGUUGCAGCGCUUGAUGUUCCUCCCACUGGUCAAUCCAUGGAAAGGACAAGCCACCAAACAUCUGAUUCCUUGCGUCAACGCAGUGCGAUUGGCCUGCUUUGGGAGCAGCUCUAAUGUCAAGGAGCGGACUCUCAUUGCUGUCAAGCCAGAUGGCGUCCAGCGUCGUCUUGUGGGGCAGAUCAUUCGGCGCUUCGAGCAGAGGGGCUUUCAGCUGGUAGGCUUAAAAAUGCUGCAGGUGUCGGAGGAGCUUUUGUCCCAACACUACUGUCAACUGACACAGAAGCCCUUCUAUCCCAAUCUGGUGGAGUACAUGACCUCGGGGCCUGUGGUCGUCAUGGUGUGGGAAGGGCACAAUGUGGUCCAGUCAUCACGUGCCAUGGUGGGACCCACCAACCCUGCGGCGGCCCCAGCAGGCACCGUCAGAGGAGAUUUUAGUCUUCAUGUCAGCAGAAAUGUAGUUCAUGCCAGCGAUUCACUGGAGGGAGCGCAAAGAGAAAUUCAACUCUGGUUUCAAGGAAAGGAGCUCGUCAAGUGGAACUGCUGGGACCAGACGUUAACCUGUGAGGAGUAACUGUAUCAAGUAGUAAUGGUACCUCUUUACCUGCUGUUGAUUUAAAAGAUCAUCUGCUGAUGAUGUUCAGUAUUACAUGAUAAUUCAUCUCAGGAAACCUGUUAUCAAAAGCUGAAGCCCUGAAUCUUUGAAUAGUGGGAAUACAAAAACAGUUGAUGCCAUUGAAAAUGCGUUGACCAAAAGCCCACAGAUUCUUGAAUUGGCCAGGAAAAAAAUACCAGCAAGCUAAUUAUCUUUGGGUUCACCCAUCCCAAAAGAUAUUUAAUUUAACAAAUGUAUUUAAAAUUUAGAAAGUAAUUUAAAGAAACAUUUUAAAAUCCCAAACCACAAAUAUGUGAGGUCUACUACAGUGGUAAAACAAAGUAUCUGAACCUUUUGGAAUUUCUCACAUUUCUGCAUAAAAUCACCAUUA